UAACUUAAAGGGAUCUACGUUACCAAAAUAGAAAAUACAUUGCAAUACUUUGGUUAAGGGCUAAUUUGUUUAUGACGUUGUUUUUAACGCUCACCUUGACUCUGAAGUCCUCCCAGUCUGGCGACUAUCCCCGAGCUGGAGUUCUAGUCUCGGUGUGAUGUCUGGCCUGGUGUGGGAAUUGCGACACCUUCACUUCCAUUUAAACUCAGGUGAGAACUGGCAGCUACCUAUAUAAAAGGCACCCUCCUUCACUCCCACAAAGCACUGACAGCAAGGUUGCCAUUUGGAACCUUGGACCAAACCUCCAGACAAAGAUUUUCAUUUUUUUUCGCAAAUUUAGCUGUAACUUUUUUCUGUCAGAAUUUGAAAAUAAUUGUGCUACUUCUACUUUUAGAUCUAUCCCUGUUUAUUUACAAGAAUGGCCUUUCCUCUCAUCCUCGUCCUUCUAUCCCAUUGGACCCUGGCUCUUACAUUACCUCACAAUGCCUUUGACAACAUCGUGAAAGGAUCAAGAGUCGACUUUGAGUCAUCAGGAAGCGGACCAGAUGAACCUGUCCGGGGAGUAGUAAAGGUGGUGCAGCUGGACCCUCGGUCCCUGGCCCAUUCAGGCUUCUUCAGACAAGGUCUGACCCCCAGAAGAGCCCCCUCCCUCAGCUCCAGACUGUCCUUCCCAGCUUUCUUGUCCCAGGGACGUCCAGGUCCUGCUUCAGGCCCCAGGACCCCACUGAGUCCACUACACCACCUGAAGCCUAAAAAUGAGAUAGAGGUGAAGAAGACGCAAGGCCUGCAGAUGUGGCAGAGAGCCAUAAACAAAGGAGAGAAGAUGCACCUGCCAAUCAACCUGAAGGACACAAAACAGACGUGCACUGCUAUACCUUUCACCCAGCAUGUGACAGCGGAGGGAUGCAGCACAGUAACCGUGCACAACAAGCUGUGUUUCGGUCAGUGCAGCUCCCUGUUUGUCCCGUCGGAAGGAGAGUUUGCAGGGCCGGGUUCUUCUGGGACAGGGUCACUCCGUCACCGGGCCCCCUGCUCCCGCUGCGCCCCGUCUAAAUCUCACACCGUGACCGUGCCUCUGCGCUGUGGAGCUGAGGUCAGGGAGAGGCGGCUGGUGGUGGUGGAGGAGUGCAAGUGCGAGACAGGCCGUGAGGAAAAGAGGGCAGAUGCUGUGGCUUCCACACACCUGUGAUUCUGUUACAAAUGUUGUCCAAAAA